ACGCGUUACAACUUCAGGCGAUGGUUAAUUCGCGAUUGACGUGAACGGUUGUUAAAUUUGCGCCGUCAUACAUCCGUAAAAUCAUCCAUUCGACAAUACAAACAGUAGCAGCUGCAUUUAUAGUACAAAAGCACAACAGAAUUGAAUUAUAACAAAUAAAAAACUCUUUGCUACUCAACUUGAAGAAAUUCAAUCUAUGUGAUAACUCAUACCAUUAAAUAAUCUCACUGUUGACCCAGUUUGUUGCUUUGUCUAAAAUCGAUUCCUAUAUUUGGCCCGAAACAACUAAUUCGUUUUCAUAGCAAGUGACAUUAAAAGUGUUCAGAAUUUAAAACAUCUGCAAAUUCGGGACUUGGAACUUCGCAUACAAAUACCAUUUUAAUUAAAUCCGCAACUUCAGUUGGUUGUUUAGAUUUCACUAAUUGUGCGUUUUCGUCAUCAAAUUUGGUUUAGAAUUAACGAAGACAUAAUAUUCAAAUCAUCUACAGCCAUGCAGAAAGCGAAAGAAUAUGACUGGAAGGAUUCCAACAUGGCCCUGUUUGGGUCAGACGUCGAAAAGAACGUGAAGAAGGCGUCGGCCGAGACCGAAAAGGCGUGGGAAAAUGCUGGAGCUAAAGUGGGUCUCCAAGUAUGGCGAAUUAAUAACUUCCAGGUCGAGCAUUGGCCCAAAGAAGGCUACGGCAAAUUCUUCGAUGGUGAUUCGUACAUCAUUCUAAACACGUACAAGAAACCAAACGAGGACGCUUUGUAUUACGAUCUGCACUUCUGGAUCGGAAAGUACAGUACCCAGGACGAGUACGGAACAGCCGCGUACAAAACGGUGGAGUUGGAUACGCUUCUGGACGACAAACCAGUACAGCAUCGCGAGGUCAUGGAGCACGAAUCCCCGUUGUUCAAAUCGUACUUCCCUAUCAUGACUUACGUCAAAGGAGGAGCCAAGAGCGGGUUCCGACAUGUUGAGACUAAAGUGACCGAUCCCAAACUGUUCCAUUUCCACGGAGACAAAAAAGGAGUGGAGGUUAAAGAAAUUGGCAUAAACAAGCAGAAUUUGGAUCCCAGCGAUGUCUACAUUCUCAUUGGGACUGACUGCAUCUACCAAUGGAAUGGCAAAACCUGUAACAAGGACGAGAAAUUCAAGGCCACUCAGCAUUGCCACGAGUUGAAAACUGGUAAGAUGAAGAGUGAGACUUUAGACGAUGGGGAUGUCGAACCGGACCACCCAUUCUACAAAUACUUCUCAGAUGAUCAACCCGUGGAGGGCACAACAAAUUGGGUCAAGUCAGAGACCUGUACUCUGCAUCGUCUGUCAGAUGCCUCGGGGAACUUGACUUUCGAGAAAGUGGCGGAGGGCAAGGUCGAUCAAUCCAUGUUCGACACCAACGAUGUCUUCAUAUUUGACAAACCAGACGUUUGCUACGUCUGGAUUGGAAAAGGAGCUUCACCACAAGAGAAGAAAAAAUGGCCUGAGUUUUCGCUCAACUACCUGUCGAAGAGUGGGGAUCCCUGCAAGCCAGUAACAGCCGUCAAAGAAGGAUUUGAAGAGAACAAUUUUUACAACUGAUUCAGGACACCAAUGGAACUACAACAAACCAUGUUUAUUUUCCCCAAUUUUAUUUCAUAACUGAAACGGAUGCUAAUUCAAAUCAAAUAUCUUA